AUCGAAAUCUAACCUAGUUUGUGAUACCACAAACAAAUAGUGUAGUGUUAUUAUUUGGAUCCAGUGGAUAAUGUUCUGAAAGAUGAACGCACCUACUGUUGUUGGAAUACAAAGUACGGCUGGGGCCGUUCCAGUUCGAAAUGAGAAGGGUGAAAUUACCAUGCAAAAAGUUAAGGUCCACAGAUAUGUAUCUGGUAAGAGGCCUGACUAUGCACAAGACAGAAAAUCAGACACAGAGAGUGAUGAUGAGGACUUUCUGGAGAAAAGGAGUUUGGCUGCACAGAAAGCUCAAAGCCCGGAGCCACAUCACAGUGAUGAAGAGGAAUUGAAUGAUCCCAGAUUGAGGAGACUGAGGAUUAGGGAUGCUGAUACUGAGGUGAGACCAGAGAGGCGCAGGCACAUUGUUGAGCCAGAAGUUUUAGAGCCCAGUGGUGAUGAGUAUGAUGAGGAGGAGGAUAACUUACAGCUGCCAGAGCCUAAGCAUAUGCUAGAGGCUCCUGAUGAUGAUGAAUCUGAAGCGGAAUUGAGCGAUAGCGAGAUAGAGAAGAAGCGUGAGAUGCUUCGAAAGAGAAUGCUGGUAAAGCAGGAAGAGCAUGAGGUGAUGGCUAAAGAGGAGGAAAAAUCCGAUGAUUCCGAUUCAGGAGACAGUUCGGAAUACGAGGAGUACACUGAUUCCGAGGAGGAGACUGGACCUAGGUUGAAACCUGUGUUCGUGAGAAAACGGGACAGGAUCACUGUCAUUGAAAAGGAGAAAGAAGCUCAGGCUGAAAAACAGAUGGAGAUUGAAGUGCAAAAGAGUGUGGAGGAGAGACGAAAGCAGACGUUGAGAAUGGUAGAAGAUAGCAUUAAGAAGGAACAACAAGUUAAGGAUAAGGAUACAAACGAACCUAAUAUUAACGAUGUAUGCACGGAUGACGAAAAUGACGAGGUUGAAUACGAGGCAUGGAAACUUAGGGAGCUGAAACGCGUUAAAAGGGACCGCGAAGAAAGAGAAGGUGUGGAAAAGGAAAGGAUAGAGAUCGAACGGUUGCGAAACUUGACAGAAGAGGAGCGUAGGGCGGAGCUACGAAUGAACCCGAGGACGGUCACCAAUAAGGCAACGAAGGGAAAGUAUAAGUUCUUGCAGAAAUACUAUCAUCGUGGUGCUUUCUAUCUGGACAGCGAAGACGAUGUAUAUAAGAGGGAUUUCUCACAAGCAACUUUAGAGGAUCACUUCGACAAGACCGUAUUCCCGAAAGUCAUGCAAGUGAAAAACUUCGGUCGCUCCGGGCGCACCAAGUAUACACAUCUGGUCGACCAAGAUACAACGCAGUUCGAUUCGCCCUGGUCCAGCGAGACCGCUCAAAACUUGAAAUUCCACGCGUCUCAGGCCGGAGGCGUUCGGCAGGUGUUCGAGAAACCGUCGAAAAAGAGAAAAACUCAGUAAAUAAAAUAUGUAUAU